GUCCAGGACGUAAACGUUAUUUAAUUGCAUUUUUAUGUUGUACAUGUCUUACUAUUGUUAUUGGUAUGAGAUCAGAAAUGUUAGGUAUUAUAACUAAUUUAAAUAAUACUAAUUCACGUAUUACAUUUGGUAUUAAAUAUACAACAAAUAUGAAAUAUCAAAUAAAUUAUAAUCAUCAUAUUUAUGAUAAUCAUAUAAAUCUAUUCAAUAGAUCACAACAACUAAAUUCUAUAAAUAUAAAUGGAUCUAUAUAUUCAAAGAAAGAAGAACAAGUAAAAGAAGAAGAAGAAGAAGAACAAAAACAACGACGACAACAACAACGACGACAACAACAAAAAGAAGAAGAAGAAGAAGAAGAUAAUGAUAUUGAUCAUGAAUUACAUACAGAUUCAAAUAGAUUAAUAGAAACAAUACGUCCAUCUACAUCAUUAAUAUUUAAACCAUCAGAACAUCGUAAAAUGCCAUGGACAGAAACAAUUAAAAAUGAUAUUGUAGAAAAUUCUGUAUUUUUUGCUUAUUUAAUAACAAGUCCUAUAGGUGGUUAUUUAACAGUAAAUUAUGAUUCAUCAUUUUUAUUAGGUAGUUCAGUAGCAAUAACAUGUGGUAUGAAUUUAUUUUUACCACUUGUUGAAACAAUUGGUAAUAAUAUUAAUGCAAAAUUAAUUAUGAUUAUAUUAUUAAGAUUAAUACAAGGUUUAGCUGAAGGUUGUUUAAUACCAGCUGUAUUUGGUAUAUUACGUUUUUGGAGUCCUAUUAAUGAACGUUCAACAUUAGUAUGUUUAUCUGUAAUUGGUGUAUCAUUAGGACCAUUAAUUGGUUUACCUGUAUGUGCUGAAAUUGAAAAAAAAUGGGGUUGGGGUGUUGUAUUUUAUAUUUAUGCUAAUUUAGGUUUAAUAUGGUGUAUAUUUUGGUGGAGAUUAAUUGAUGAAAAACCAAAUAAAGAUAAAAAAUUAAAUAAAAAUGAAUUGAAUUAUUUAAAAUCAACAAUAUCUAAUCGUAUAUUAUAUAAUCAUACAUAUACACAUAUACCAUGGAAUAAAAUAUUUACAUCACGUCCUGUAUAUGCUAUAUUAUUUACAUAUGCUGCAGAUGAUUGGACAUUUCAAAUAUCAUCAGUAUGUAUGCAAUCAUUUUAUCAACAAAUAUAUAAUGUAGAUGUUGAACGUACUAUAUUUUUUUUAUCAUUUCCUUUUUUAUCAAGAUCAAUGUUUGUACCAAUUGGUGGAAUAUGCGCAGACUUUUUAAGAAUUAAUACUAAAUUAUCACGAACUACAAUACAUAAAUUAUUUGCUGGAUUAGGAUUUGGAUUAAAAGGUAUAUUCUUUAUUGCACUUGGUUAUGCACCAUCUGAAAUCUAUGCAACAAUGUUACUUUCAUUGGCAUUAGGUUUCUCUGGAUUGGCAGUAGCAGGCUAUGCUGUAAAUGUGAUUGAUUUAGCUCCUAAUUUCUCAGGUUUGGUUAUGGGAUUCGCUAAUAGUGUCAGUACAUUUACAGGUAUUUUAUCAACAUUUAUUGCAUCUGUUGUUGUACAUAAAUUUGGUUUAGAAUUAAAAAAUGGUUGGAGAGUUGCUUUAUGUUUAGCAGCAUUUAGUCAAUUUGUUGCUAUGAUUACAUAUUUAUUAUUUAGUUCAAGUGAACAACAAUCUUGGGCAUAUUCAUCAACAUUUGAAAAGGUUAACAAGAAUAAUGAUGAUAAUGAUGAUGUCGAUGAUAUCAAUAAUAAUAAUCUCAAUAAGAAUAGACCUAUGGAACAAAUCAAUCAUUCCAUGAUUUGA